UUAUGUUUGCUAACGAUUAAUCAAAUCAAACCUGCCGUUGCUCUCGUCGCUUCCGUUAACAAGAUUCGGUUGGUCUUUAAUUGUCCUGAAAAAAAAAAAAACAGAAUUACUAUAAUAAUACAGUAUUCCGUCGUACAGAAAGUCGUAGUGCGCCCUUGAGCCACGAAAUGCAGUGCGCCCUUGUGCCACGUGCGUGGGUUGACGACUACCCUCAAAUCAAAUACCGUGCGUCGCAGUACCACGGUACGACGUCGUAUCACUGAUACGUUAGACAAACGUAACAUCAACUCGAUUAAUUUCAUACGACCGUAAUACGACACCCGAUACGUCGUAUCAUCUUCGAUACGACAACCGCCUCUGCGACACCGAAACGUAGUUGAUUGAACACUAGUCUCAUACGACAACCGGCUGGUACGACACAAGUCGCAUAACAUUGAUACGACAAUGAUACGACAUAUACAAGACAAUGAACUAUUCUGACUUAAUUCAUCUCAUUGCAGAAAUAUGGACGCAACCGCUUCCUGCUCGAAGACAAUGACGAUGGGCGAAUUGUCAAGUCUUGUACCAGAAGGAGACGAACGGCGUUUUAAAACAGUCUUAGAGCUCGUACGAAAAUACUACCCUCCAGGUUGGGAAAAAUGGGAAAUCCAAAAUCACUCAUUCGAAAACCUUUUUGGAGGCAGCAUGUCACCAGAAAUCGAAAAGAAAAUCCGAUUUGCGCUACCUACAGUGGAACUUAUUCAAGCGAUCUACCCUGAUUCGCCAAAUGCUUCGGAAAGGUCAUUCAGAGACUUGAAGCGCCGCCUUUUAAACUGGUCUUUUGGCCGCGCGUUACUAUAUUCGCCACACAAUAUUAUGGAAAAAAUCCAUUAUAAGUCUCACAACGUCUUCAUGGACACAGUUGCAAAAUUAAAACCUCUUAUACUUUCGAGGCAAAGUGCCUUCGAGCGCCUCCAGGGCUUCAAAAGAACAAGCACCUCCACAGAACGUUCGAUCUCACCACAAGCACGUGCAAAGCGAAUACGAUCGCCUUCACCAACCCAAACAGAUCCUCCAAAGAGGCAUUGUCCUACUCCACCCGCUUUAUCAGCAAAAAGCGAAGACCUACUCUCACUUCUUUUAGAACAACAAGUACGACAGAACAAGAUGUUUGAACGUAUCGUACAACUAAGUCAAAAUCAAGAAGAAAAGAUGUCUAAAAUUGAAAUGAAGCUAGAACAUAAAUCACCUGACAGUGCCCCAGAGGAUCUUAACGUAUCAUUCGCUGACAGCACUUAUUCAGAAAACUUUCAGGAUGAAGAUGACGAAGAAGCAGAGUCGAACGCAACACCACCUAAUAUCUGGACACCCAUUAAAUCUAAUGAUGCUGAUGAAAAUAAAGGAGCACAAAUCAGCCAAGAAGAAUCUCUUAGAAUCCAAAUAAUAGAUGCUCAACGAAAACUACUUGAACUACAAAAAAAAAAUCCCCAGCCUCAAACAACCGAAACUAAUAUCGAUUUCUCGCCAUUAGUAGUUGAGUCCCAAGUAAAAAUUGCUAAAGCUGAUCCAGAACUUGCAAAACAAGGCUCAAGAUGCCAACGCUUAGGCGAAGAUACAUGGAAAAACAUACGCUACUUUGAUGUCCAGAAACAAUUUCAGGCGACUCCGGUAUUCACGUCACUUAAAGUUAACAGCCAUUUAGCACUCGCUACCCCUUUCUGGCACAGCGUGUCUAUACUCGAACGAAUUGACAGUACUCUGGCAGCUAUAAGUCAUGGUCUUCUACAACAACGUAAACACUUCGAAGAAUGUUGUCAGAAUCUUAGUCCAGAGCUUAAAAGCCAAGCCAAUAAAGAACUCUUAGGUCCUGAAUCUAAAUUCAAAAAGACAUCAGAUGCUCUACUUCAAUAUACAUGCGGGAAGAGAUCUGAAAUAAUUCAUCAAAGAAGACAACUAUACAAAGCUUCUAACAAAGCGCUAAACGAAAUUCUCCAUGACAUCCCACCGUCUGAUACUCAUUUAUUUUCCGAAAAAUCACUCAGCGAAGUGGUGAAAGAUCAUGGAGGACCACAUAAGAUGUUUCCCGCAAAAUCCAGAAAACCUUCGAAAAAUAAGCAAACCGCAUCAUCAAGGAAUUUCCACAACAACAGAAAGAACUUCACCAACAAAGAGCCAUUUCAUGGAAACACACGUAGAGAAAACAGAAAAACUACGAAACCUCAAUACAAUAAUUCAAACAGUUCCAACAAACGAUCGACCAAUCAACAUACUAAAAAGCUCUGA